GGUGAAACUAACGCAGUCUCACUGGCGUCGUCGAGAGACUCACGCAGGUGCGAGCUCGUCGGCGGCGGACGCAGACGUAGUGGACCGAGUUGCGCUCGGACAAAAGCCGUGUCGUUUGCGCCGUCAACUCUAUUCGAUUACAGUUUUACCAAGUGAUUUGCGCCCAUCAUCUUCCUUCUGGAUCAACAAGACGUCCGUGUGUGUCAUCGACAACAUACUGGCCAUAGCCAAUUGAACCGCCUAGAUGGUGGUGAAAAUGGCUACCAGUAACGGCGGAAGCCUGGCCGUACUGGCCGGCUCGGAAGCCGGAAACGGGAGUAGUAGUGCCGCAGAUGUCGACGGAACAGACACGGCCGUCGAGGCGUGUUCUGGCGGGCGCAUUGAAGACGAUAUCGCCGAUCAUUCAGACGACGAACAAGGUGCCGAUGCGGCCUCAGAUGAUUCAGAUUCCAUGGACUUUGACGAUGAUGACGACGAUGACGGUUCCGAUCUUAUGUCGAAUACAACACUUGGCGACGACAUCACCGCACAACUAGCCGCCGCAGGCCCUGUUGGAAUGGCGGCAGCCGCGGCAAUCAACUCGUCGAAAAAGAGGAAGCGCCCACACUCUUUCGAGACGAAUCCCUCCAUUCGCCGACGGCAACAGACGAGACUACUCCGAAAACUCCGCCAGACGAUUGACGAAUAUGCCACUCGAGUCGGACAGCAAGCCAUAGUCCUGAUUGCCACACCAGGAAAGCCGCAGAACAAUUUUCGCGUCUUUGGUGCCAAACCGUUAGAGGACGUCAUCAAAAAUGUUAAAUCUACCGUCCUUCAGGAUCUGGAAACGGCUUUGGCACAUCAUGCUCCACCUCCAGCUCAAGACGAUCCGUCGCUUUACGAGCUACCUCCCCUAGUCAUCGAUGGCAUCCCCACACCAGUCGAGAAAAUGACGCAAGCCCAACUGCGAGCUUUUAUUCCACUGAUGCUCAAGUUUUCCACCGGCAGAGGAAAGCCGGGCUGGGGAAAGGAAUCCACCCGGCCACCUUGGUGGCCAGGAGAGGUACCUUGGGCAAAUGUCCGGAUGGAUGCUCGCCCCGAAGACGAUAAACAAAGAGUGUCAUGGACGCACGCGUUGAGGCAAAUUGUCAUCAAUUGUUACAAAUACCAUGGACGGGAAGAUCUACUACCCGCCUUCUCUGAAGAUGCAACGGAAGAAACUAGUCGCCCUGCCAAAGUGAUAAAAACAGAAUCAGAAGCUGAGCAACAAGCCGAACGGAGCGCUGAUGUUGCUGUUGUUCAACCACAACAGCAGCAAGAGCAACAGCAGCAUCAGCAACAACAUCCACCAGCUCCACCACCUUCGUCUCAGCCAGCUCAACAUCAGCAGCAGCAGCAGCAGCAACAACAACAACAACAACAACAACAACAACAACAGCAGCAGCAGCAAUCUGUACAGCAGUUGGUGCAGACGAAUUCGGCACCCAGUGCCCAGUAUGCGCCGACCGUCGUUCAAACGAUUAGCAAUCCCGACGGGACAGUGUCCAUCAUACAGGUUGAUCCCAAUAAUCCCAUCAUCACAUUACCUGAUGGCACAACGGCCCAGGUGGUUGCCGCCCAAGGAGUGGCUACCGUCAAUCAGUGCGAGGAUGAUGAUACUGCUGGUCAGGAUCAGCAGCAGCAACAGCAACAACAAACUGACCGUAAUCAUCAUCUCAUGAACCCUAAACCCAUGAUUUGGCAGUUUGUACCCACUUCGCAAAUAACGGGAGUCACAUCUUCGGAUGGCGUGACGACGCUCACCAAUUCCGCCGAUGGCACCACUGUCACCACCGUCGACUUGACAGCCGUCACCGAAUCUACGAUUGGUCAGGAAGGCCAACACCAUAUUCUUCUCACCGGUGAAGACGGCCAAACGUAUCCAGUCAGUGUCUCAGGAAUGAUCACCGUUCCCGCCAUGUAUCAGGCUAUGGUUGCCAACAUCGCACAGAUGGGUCAAUCAGAUGCUUCUGUUCAGGUGUUGGGACCGUUAAUAUCGAAAUCAGAUUCUAAUGGAGGAGAUGAUGGAGCCUUGGUGUCGGCAACAUCAACAGCAGGGACAACAACCGGGGGAAUGAACGUUGGAGGAUUGGCCGUCACUCCCGUGUUGGCUCUGGGGCCUAACGGAACGCAGCAACACAUUCUGCAGGUAAUUGAUGUUAAUCAAACUCCUCGUACAUCCACGAUGUGGCUAACGGGCGACGGACGAAAGGUGACGGCCGCGCCCAUGGUGACUUCACAGCUCCUAGGCGAAGUCGAUUCCUCCAUAUUGGCAUCAGCCAUGCAACAAGCAAUCACAGCCGAUGCCCGAGAUGUAGCUGUCUGGAGUGAAAUCUGCGAGAGGCAGGCUAGGUCAGCUGCAUUUGAAUUAGCGCGACACAUUCAUGCCCAUUUUAGCAGUGAAGCUCAACUGAUUGCAGAUUCAGCUCUAAUAUCCCUUUACCAAGAUUGUGCUCAACGGUUUGUGGACCUCUUUGUUCGAAGCUAUGAUGUGGAACUAAAAAAGUUAUCUGGCAUAGUGGUGAAUUCAUGUGACUUUGUCAAAUAUGGGAAAACCAAUGGGAUCACACAUUUCCCAAGUUCGGCUUCCAAUUUGAGACCAGGCAGUGUUCCGAGAACUGUGCAAGACUGUAGUGAUUAUUCUGAUACCGAAAGAGAUAUUUCCUCGACCUCUUACCCUUCUGUCAAACCUAGACAAACAGGGCCAAAGCCGUUCUUCAGACGUUUUUCUUUAAAAGGUUUUCGGAAAGGCAAAGGAUUGUUCCACAAGCAACAUUCAGAUGAAGUUGAACUCUCAGGCUCAGCAGUUGCUAGUCAUACUCCUUCCUCAUCUAAGCCUGAGCAUCCUGGCCUUUUCUUACGUGGCAAAAUUCGCAUGUCAAAGUUAGUGGUAGAGUCCUUGUUUGAAGGCACGGUCAACUAUUUGACAAGUGAAAGCCUUGAUGGUACUCCAAAAUGGGAACGUUGCCGUCUUUGCUUGGUGAAAACCGUUGGUGGCUAUAUGUUGGAGUUUUUCUCUCCCCCCAAAGCCAGUCAACCAAAAUGUGGAGUGUUUUGUUUCUUGAUAACUGAGGCAAGAGAAACAACAGCGCUUGAAAUGCCAGAUAAAGAGAACACUUUUGUUCUAAAGGCUGCCAAUAAUCUCGAGUAUGUCAUUGAAGCUGCAUCCAGUGAGGACAUGCAUAAAUGGUUGCAUUCGAUACGCUUAUCUGGAGCACGUUGCAUAAACACAACUAAUGGGUAA